CAAGUCGUUCACGACCACUGUUGCGUUAAUCAUGCUCUCGCGCACCCCAACUGGACGCUUGGAUAAAUCAUCCCUAGAUCUUAAAAUCGGAUCGGAGACAGCGAGACCAUCUAAUUCCAAAUCGUCGUCAACACGAUCAUCUACCACCUCUCUCGCUGGAAAGACUAAAGAAUCAGUUUCACCCGUGAAACAGAAACCAUCGUAUAGGCUCAACCCUGCGGUGGUUAAGCCGCUAGGAAACAAGAAACAUGUGACAUCAUUCAGUGCAUUAUAUGCUAAAGGAGAGAUUCCAUGUCGAUUAAAUCACGGCUCAGUAAAGCACAAAAUAACUUGGUCUAGGUCCCCUGAAAAUCUAGACUACAAUCCUGUCUUCAUCACCUUCUGCGAUGGUCUGCGGGAGACACAGCAUCCGUACGUGUUUCUGGUGCGAACCGGACUGCGAGAAAUGCUUGAGGCUCCUGGAGCUGCAGAGAAGGUGUGUCCCAUUGUUUCGGCCAUUGUUGCACCCCUACGGGCCGCGCUUGGCGUUCGCGAAAAGGAUACAUUUCUGGCGGCAUUGGACACGCUGACCCGAAUAGCGAACGUGGCCGGACCUGUACUUGUUCCAUAUCUUCCAAGCCUUGUUCCCCCCGUGGCUGCGAGGGUCCUUUCUGCAGAUAUGCGAGAAGCGGUCUACGACACUCUAAGGGCGUGUGAGGUAGCUGGCGGUGAGCAGGCGCUAAAAACAAUCAAGAAUCUUUGCCCUACAUACAGGUCAAUAUUCGUAUGACCUCUCGUCACAGAGAAAAGUACAGUGCUUUAUGACAAUAUAGUAUGAUUCAAAUAGUCUAUGGACGCAUCUAUAAGUCUAGUAGGC